UAGGUAUUCAGUACGCAGAGGGAGCCACAACCGUGAGACGCAUCUCGUGGACCUUUGUGUGUUUGUGCUUAUUUGUGUGUAAAUGCCUAUGAAACCGUAUACAGAUACAUAAACAUACACCCACGCAUAUACACUCAUACUCACUUAUCUUCCACUCACUGUCAUACCUGGAUGUAUAUAGCUUCCUAUUUGGAUACAAUAAAGAGGAUUUCUUCAUCAAAAUCUCUGGAUCAGCUGCAGUCUUUCUGACAGAAGACUUAGGCCAGACUUGUGUAAAGCCAGCAUACAGUGUCAUAAUAUCCACAAGUACUCUGCAACCCUACGUCACACACCACCUUCAUGAAAUCUCUGAGGAUUAUGAACACCCAUACCAAGAGCUGGCACAGAUGUGUGAGGAUAACCUCCAGCGCUCUCUCAGUUUUGGUGGUCGCCGUUGCAUCCCCUCACAUGUCGAGAUGGAAGCUUUUCUGGCUGGCAAAGGUUCCAAAGUUAUUCCUGUACAGCUGCCAGGGGGAGUGGACUUCCCCAUUAACAUCCGCAGCUUCACUAUUGUAGGAGAGGCAGUAACAGAGUUAUGUAAAGAAAUGGGCAUCUCAGAUUUCAAAGAACUCACGGAGUUCUGCGUCCUCGCCUCCAGACGUAAAGAUGGAAUGGUGCGUCCUCUCCAUGCUGAAGAGUACCUGUUUGACUUCCUGUUGGACGGUGGAUCUAUCUCCUUGUCCCUGAGGAGAGUGAACUGGAAGAGCCCUCUGUCCUACAGCAAUGACCUCUAUGUGGAUUUCCACUAUCAGCAGCUGCUGGGUGACUACCUGAGUGGGCAGCUGAUGCCUCCUCCUGCUGCAGGAGGGUCCUCACCAGUCCAGCUGAUGGGAGAGCUGUCAGCCCUGCAGCAUCUGGCUCUGGGUUUGGAAGACCAGCCUACCCUGCCGAAGAUAAAGGAGUACCUGCCAUCACAGGACGGGCUCAGCAGCAAAGUGGAGGAGAUUUACUCCUUCUGCCAGCGUCAGAUAACUGCCAUGGAGUCGCUCAGUCCUCAAGAUGCCAAGAUACGAUUCAUUGAGUUUGUGAGCACCCUGCCUCUGUUUGGCUCCAACACUUUCCUGGCUCAAAAGGUGAGCCAGAGUGGUAUUCCCUCGCCCUGCAUGGUGAGCAUCAACCAGGAGGAGGUGCUGUUCCGUCACCCUAAAACACAGGAGCGAGUCUUUCAGAUUUUCCUGACAGAUGUUCAGUCCAUGCGCACCAUCGCACCCAAGAAACAAGGCAAAGAGCCAGCAGUGGAAAUAAACUACGGCAAUCCAGCUAAUCCCAAAAAAGUCACCAUUCAUCUCAAACAGGCUAAACAGUUGUGCCACAUGCUUGCUCUGCUGAUGGAGAGCUGAUCCCGCUGUCGGCCACCACUUCUAUUUGUCAUCGCUAGUAGUCACACACAGUAAAGGGAUUUUUUGUUAAUGACUGGCUUCUGUGACUGAUUUGUUUUUAUCUCUUAAUUAGUGAAUUAUUGAUCAAACUGACUGACAUAACAUGCAGACAUGAUGUUGAUCUUCUUUUCAGUGCUUUCUGAGAGGAAAUAUGAUGCUGUACAAACCCAUGUAUCACAAAUGCAGGCGGAUGUACGUUAAUUCACUGUACUAGUAAAUCAAAGCCUUAAAUUUGAUCAUUUUGUGUAUUAAAAUUCUAUUUUUGAAAUGUAAAGGCUGUUAAUCAUGAUAAGAAUUAAGAGCAUACGCAUUUUUAAUGU